AGUGCCCAUCGAGCAUGGUAGUGCACUGUGAUGGAAUGCAGAAACGGAAAUCCAGUUUCAAAUUUUUUUCCUAAUUUGAAAUUUAAUGGAACUUUUCUUUCAAAACAUAUAAAACAAUGGAGGCCAUUCAUGGAAAACGUCGCAACAAUCUGUUCAUUUUUGUAGCGUUGUUCCUUUCUUGGGUCUCAAUGGCAUACAGCAUCGACUGUUUCAAAUGUGUGUCAAUGAACGGGCAUUUCGCCCCUUGCGACGACCCAUUCCAUAACAACCACUCGCUCGAGAUGCUCGAGUCGCCUUGCAUGGGCGGACGGAAGGGGAGAGACGGGUUGUUCCCGGCCACUUCUUGUUUGAAGAUCGCUGGUGUUUUCGACGACACGGGCGAAACCAUAACGGUUCGCGGCUGCGGCCUGGAUUCCGGUACGGUCACAACUGAUACUGAGAUCAUUCGGAUGUCGCAUUGUGGAAAGUUUUACUACGGCGAGAGGUACGUGCACGGCUGCCUUCAAAGUUGCAACGACGCAGACGCGUGCAACGCCGCACCCCCCCGCGGCCCGCACGUCACAUCACGCGCCGCCAUCUUGCUGCUCACAUGUGCUCUGACGUACUUGUAUAGGGAGAGCUAACAGAAAUAAGGUUAAGUUAUAAAAUGGAUGAUACAGGAGUCGAUGUUCGGGUGUUUGAUUAGUUUAUUUACCACUGAAACAAAAAAUGAGGUCCUUUUCGCACUCAAUAUUCAAGUUCAAAUAUAUUUAAUUCAUGGGUAAGCAAAUUACAUACAUUUAAAAUCUUUACAUUGGUUGAAAUACACUACUCAUUCUUAAAGCAUCGUCUUCUCCUAACAAGUAUGAGUAAGAAAAUAUCGUCGCCUUACUUUAUCAAGGGUCUUAAUUUGGAUGCAUCCCUUUAACAGUAGGCAAAAGCCACUUGUGAUGUGAAAAUAGGCCUGCAAAUUUGUAUAUACAAUGCAUUUCAGUUAGUUUGUGCUUUAAGAUAAGACGACUCCUCCUACGUAAAGUAUCGUAUG